UUCCGAACGAGACGAUAAAUAGAAACAAAAAAGCGCUGUGAGUGAGGGGGAAAUUCCAAAACGGGAAGCGGAAAUAGGCCGGAAAACAUUUUCUAUAUAUAUUAAAUAUUUUUUGGUGCUGUUUGGAAGGGGGAGGAAGGGAAGGGAAAGGAAGCGGCUCUCCGUCUCUUAUAUUCCGGGGGAAUCCAUCUACGUUCGGCUUUGGGCGGCGUCUUCUGAGGCGCAGGUUUCCCUCUCCGCUCCAUCCCCGGCGGCCGAUUCGCCCCCCCGCUUCGUCGGGCUAGGUUAGGGACGCAUCUCUCGCAGGAGGGGAUCAAUGUCCAAUUAUCACGACGAUCACGUCGAAGACAUGGAAGAUGAUUAUGAUAUGGAUGAGCCCGCUGAUGAAAUGGGCGACGGGCACCAUGAGCGGGGAAUAAGGGACUCCGAUUCGGAGGAUGAAGAAUAUGGCCAGUCGAAUGAUAAGAUCCCAGAUACUUCUGCAGCGGAUGCAAGAAAAGGAAAAGACAUUCAAGGAAUACCAUGGGAGAGGCUAGCUAUCACACGUGAAAAAUACAGACAAUCCAGAUUAGAGCAGUACAAAAACUAUGAGAACGUUCCUGAUUCUGGAGAAAAAGCAGCAAAGGAGUGCAAACGGACUGAGAAAGGUGGAAUGUAUUAUGAAUUCAGACAAAAUACUAGAUCAGUGAAGUCGACUAUUCUACAUUUUCAGCUGAGAAAUUUAGUAUGGGCUACAUCAAAGCAUGAUGUCUUCCUAAUGUCACAUUACUCAGUCCUUCACUGGUCAGCAUUGAAUGGUGUGGAUACUGAACUCAUGAAUGUCCAAGGUCACGUGGCACCAAAGGAGAAGCACCCUGGAAGUCUGUUAGAGGGAUUUUCUCAGACUCAAGUUAGUACCUUGGCUGUCAAGGACAAUUUGCUGGUAGCUGGUGGAUUCCAAGGAGAGCUAAUCUGCAAGCACCUUGAUCGAGAAGGAAUAAGCUUUUGCUGUCGAACAACAUAUGAUGAUAAUGCUAUCACUAAUGCAGUUGAGAUAUUCAAUACUUCUAGUGGUGCUGUUCAUUUCAUGGCAUCGAAUAAUGACUCUGGUGUAAGAGACUAUGACAUGGAGAGAUUCCAGCUCUGCAAGCACUUUCAGUUUAAUUGGCCAGUGAAUCAUACUUCCCUGAGUCCUGACGGAAAGGUUGUUGUCAUUGUGGGGGACGAUCCUGAUGGUUUACUUAUUGAUGCCAAUUCAGGAAAGACUCUUCAUUCCAUGAAAGGUCAUCACGAUUACUCAUUUGCAUCAGCCUGGAGCCCUGAUGGCCGAGCAUUUGCUACUGGCAACCAAGACAAGACUUGCCGAAUUUGGGAUGCGAGAAACCUGUCAAAAUCCGUGCAUGUAUUGAAGGGUAACCUUGGAGCCAUUAGAUCAAUCCGCUUCACGUCAGACGGGCAAUUCCUGUCAAUGGCAGAACCAGCAGACUUUGUCCAUAUCUUCGAUGUCACGAGCGAUUACAACAGAAGACAAGAGCUGGACUUCUUUGGCGAAAUAUCUGGCAUGUCUUUCAGCCCGGACACUGACGCCCUUUUCGUUGGUGUGUGGGAUAGAACGUAUGCAAGCCUCCUCCAGUUUGGCCGUCUGUAUAACAACUCAUAUCUUGACUCGCUGUUUUGAGGUGAAAGCAGAGCAGAUGUUGGGCUUGCUGUGCCUCAGCUGCACCUGAAUCUUGCAGCAUAAGUUAGGUAUCCUCAAAUCAGAAUUUUAAGUUGACCUGAUAAUUCAAUUAAUAAAUGUUGUAUCCUGUUGUAUGUGUAUAUAUAAAAAGAAUGUACAGAUGCCUAUAGCCUGUACCGGGUAGAGCGCAUCUCAUGUAUGCUAGUUUUCAGUGAGCUGUAAGGCUUCUUGACUCCAGUGGAGUGUUACUGUGAACGUUCAGAUCGGUGAUGCCGCGCCUCUUUCGGGUUAAA